AUGACCUUGAGAAAGGCAAACCCAGACGACGCGCCGCCGCCGUACACGCCGACGGAUCCGCUUACACCCGCGUCGAGCAGCGUCUCUGCUAACGGAGAGCUGCCGGCACCGCCAACCACAGACCCAGCUCUAGUUCCAGCUCCAGCAGCAGUAUCAGAGCCAGAGCCGGUGCCAGAGUACGAGCAUGUUUCGCAGCCAACAGACAACUUCAUCUCUGCGGUGCCGUUCUUCGCCGAACGCCCUCCCACUCUUCCACACAGCCCACACGAAGAAGUACUCCAGCAUACAAUCAUCAUCUAUAGCAGAAGCCAGGCCAGGGACUACUCUCGGUUCCCGCGCUGCUGGCGAUCUCGCUCCGAGGAGGUCACGGACAAUGACUGGCGUACGUUUCUGAACUAUCUACUACCGUCUCACCUGGGUCCUGCGUCACAUCAUCCAGGUCUCCCACACAAACUCCGCCAGGAGAUCGAAAGAGACCACAGAGACUGCUCUCAAGAAUCCGACGACCAACGUAGGGCCAGGAUUGCCACCGUUGUCGAGGAAUGGAAUCACCACUUCUUUCGUCCAAGGGCCAUGGCUGUGUCCUAUUGCUUUGCUCCUGAGGCCAAAACUGAAACAAUCUCUCCCCUUUGCCCGAGGUGCUACCCAUCGACUGUGAGAUCAAUGCCCAUAAGACAUGGCUCUGGGUCGAAUCUCUCAAGAAGCCAAACAGCGCCACCAGAAGCCCUGAAUUCCAUUCCCCGGAAGCCCGUCGGGACAAACACGACACAACCUUCUGUCGGGCAGUCUCAAUCAGGGAGAAAUGAACCUAAUGGUACCCAGUCAGAUGGACCCCAGAACUUUGGAAACCAGUCCUAUAUAGGCUCUUGGGCCUCUGCAAUUCAGAACUGGGCUACUAACUUGUCAGAACAAGCUCAGAUAUAUGGAGACACCAUCGAACGGCAGGCCAAUGAGCGUGGAAGGCAGUUCGAAGCCAGAGCUGAAGCUUUUGGUCGGAUGAUGGAAGCUAGAGGCAAUGCACUGGAGAACUAUUUUGAGCAGCAGGAAAAAAGAUUUGAGGGCAGAAGCGCAAGAUGCGAACCAUCUUGCGAAAGCCGUUCGUCGUGGCAGCACCCCUGGACCCCUUCUGGGCCCCGGGCUAGGGGUGCUGGCUGUGGUCAUCGCGGUGCCUUUGGUCCCCAAUACCGUGGUCGUGGACGAGGACGUCCAGGCUGGAAUGGCUCCAGUUGGAACCGCUGGGAUCAGCCCACGAGCUCCCAACGGCCUCGAAGCGCAUCUAUAUCCUCGCUCUCGUCCUCACUGUCAUCGUCCUCUUCCAGCUCUGAUUCAUUGUCUUCCCAUUCCUCAGAAGAUGAUCAAGGAUCUUCUGUAGCAGAUGCUCUUCGCCAGCAGCGCAUUCAAGCCCGCCACCUUUCUACAGAGCAUCAUGCGAGGACUGCCGCUUUACGCCAUGAGAUGUGCGCUCUGAGAGCUGCCCACAAAGAACUACGGUCUUCAUGCAAUCGACGCGGGGGGGCGGACCAUGAAGAAUACUCGUUUGACAAAGUUGCUGAAGCCCAGGCUAUCAAAGUCGAAGUGGGGAAUCUGAAGCAGGAAUACAAGAAUACUAGAAAUGAAUUCCGCCAGGAGAGAAAACAACUGCGAAAGGUCAGGAGGGAUUUGAGAAAGGAGCGGAGAAAGGAGAUCAAGGCAGAGAAGAAACAGAGAAAAAACAAAGGCAAGGGUAUGCAUGAUUCUUUUAUUGCCAGUUAUGAAGCUGAAUAUUAUUUGCUGAUUUUAAAAGGACCCGUACAAGGCCUACCCCAAGCUUCUUCUGGUCUUAUCCCUGUCGAAAACCCGCCGCCUCCGGUAGCUCCACCAACGGUGCCCGUGGAGCCACCCUCGUCAACAGUACCAGCGAACCAAUACCCUCCCAUCCCUGAGACUUCAGAUAUACCACUCGAUGCAGCCGCAGAAAUCCGAGCUCACACCGCACCAUCCCCAACACAGAUCCAGCAGGAAAAGUCAAAGCUCGAGGCUAAAUCAAAAGCAAAAGAGAAAACUAGCUCUAGCGAUGCUGUCCCCAAAUCAAUGACUUGGGGGUGGACGCGGGGCGCAGGCUCUAAAGCAAGCUCCCGGAAAAAGGCGAAAGAAGGCGAGCCACAGAAUAUGCAGUGGUCGGGUGAUGGCCAGCAGGAGAAUGGGGUGCUCAUUGUGGGUGGCGACGGCCGGGAGCGAGCAGAGAUGGACGGGGCACCACAGCCACCGAAUCAAGCAUAA